UAUGAUUAGUUUGAUUAGAUACGAUUAUGAAAAUGUUGAAGCGACCGGUGCAAAUUUAAUGAUGAGCUAUUUGGAACCGCUUAUACCUGGCUUUACUGGGAUGAAGUUGAAAGCAAACGAUCGUGAAUUUGAAGUCAUUGGAGGAGAUAAUUAUGAAUAUAAGGACCCGAUUGAUGGGUCUAUUGCUAAAAAUCAGAUGGUUCACGUGUAAUAUUUCGCCUAAGUGGAACUGGUUCUUCGGGUGCCACCAUCCGUCUAUAUGUUGAAUCCUUUGUGGAAGCCUCCAACAUUUAUCAACUACAACUUCCUGCUCAGGAGUUAUUGAAACCUUUGGUUUUAGUUGCACUAGGCAUUUGCAAAAUGGAACAGUUCACUGGACGUACUCAGCCGACCGUGAU